CGCCUGAGUAACCCUUCUUGUGUAUUUGCCUAGUGCGAAGGGAAAUAGUAAAACUUUUGUAAUGAGAAAAGUUAAAGAGAAAGAAACCGUCGACAGAUUUCAGUUCCAUCAUAAAGGGCGGGGCAUCUUAAUUCCGACUAAGAAAAUUCAGAGCAGGCAUUGCUUUGUAGCUGGCAUACAAGUCAACAGAAAAGUAACGAUAGAAGUUUAAAUGGAUCAGCGCUUACAGCGACGUCGUCGGAUGAAGAAGAAGCCAAAGUCGGGAUUAAGCAGGCUGCUGCUAGAUUUAGCGCCUAAGUUCAAAUCAUCGGCCAGCUAUACGCAAUUGGUCUGGGAUCAGGUGCUGUGCGUUCUCUUGCCACUGUUGGCCUUCUUCAGGGAUUCCGUGCGCGUGAUCAAGCGCUGCACGAAACCGGAUCGGCAAGAGUUUCUACGCUCUGCUCUGGCCAUCACAGUGGGUUUUCUCAUAAUGGGCUUUCUUGGCUUUAUUAUAAAACUGCUGCACAUACCUAUCACUAAUAUUAUUAUGGGCUAACCUGUGGGGUCAAAUACUCGACAAGAACAACAACAACAGCAAAAAAGCAGACAAAAAUAAAGUUUCAAUUCAAUUGGCAGCAGACAAAGACUUCACAUUCUGGCGCCUGGCCAACCAGUUAAGCUACAAAUAGCAGGCAGCUCCAUGCCAAAGCCUCGCAUGCCAACUGCAAGGCUGCCAUAACAAAGCCAAGCUACUAGCUGCCAUUGUUGUCUGACCCCGACCCGACACGACCCAACGCGACCCCUAUCCAGAGGGUGUUACUAAACUCGGCCCAUUGCAAGUGUUGACAAGAAAAUUUCACCGCGCACUUUUCUGGAAAACAGUUGCCGUUGCCAAACCAACAACUGUCGGAUGUGUGUAAAUGUAAUCAAAUCAGCAACUCGCCAAACUUCACACUGGACUUGAGAAGCUCCAGCAACAUUGCCAAUUGUCAUUUGGAGUGGGGGAGGGGCAUUGCCAACAGAAAUACUAAGCAAAGGGUCUGGCGUUAAGUCAAGCAAGUGUUGGGCUUACAUUUUUUUUUUAUGCUUUGCACAGUUAUGCGUAGUUUUGUUAGUAUAAUAUCCAGUAAGCUUCUGAUUGAGAUUAGAUUUAAUACAACCCUUUUUGACUUC